CGCGCUGAUUGGUGGAUUGCUCUGUGGUGACGAGCGGAUCGCCAUAAAAGAGCGAGGAAGGAGCCUUUCGUUCUAUCACUUUAGGGAGCGGCAGCGUUCACACCGGGGUCCUAAGCUCUUUCAAUAAACCCUACUCAGCACACCGAGUCCGCACAGCCAUGUCCAUCGGGUCCUCUACAGACAGCCGCUCCGAGACGUUGCCGGAGAUCAUGGCGGCUGUCAGCUUUUUGUCAGACCUUCUUCGCAGCCGCCUCAGUGAAGAGCAGCUGCAUGGCUUCGGCGGGGCUUUGCGGGACACGCUUAUCGAGCACUAUACACAUCACUGGUUUCCCGACAAGCCUGCCAAAGGAUCUGGCUACCGCUGCAUCCGGAUCAACCACAAAAUGGACCCAAUAAUCAGCAAGGUUGCUGCUCGUAUAAAGAUGAGUAAUCUGCUCAGCCUCUUGCCCAAGGAGCUCACGCUCUGGGUGGAUCCCUAUGAGGUGUCCUACAGGAUUGGCGAGGACGGCUCCAUCUGUGUUCUCUAUGAGGCAUCAGCUCCUGUCCACCGGGGUCCCUUUAGCUGUAAGAGCGAGCUUCUGGGGUCCUCCAGCCCAUCCAACCAGUACCUGAUGACAGUGGGCAGUUAACCCCUGACUCGCCACCCACACCUGCUGCUCGUGUAAAUACCUCGCUCUGGGAGCCAAGUUUUCUAAUGAAGAUCUAUUUAUAUUUUUCAAAGAAUUUUUGGAUAAAGUUGUCAUAUCAAGUAUUUUAUCUUCUGAUGAGACACUAAUGCACUAGUACAACAUGUACAGCCCUUUACCAAAUGUGUACAGUAUCUAGCAUAAUGCACACUGUAGCAUGUGGGGACUGUAUACACCUAUGUAAUCACAUGACUUGAUGGUCCGCGUUGGCUACUUUGCACUUAUAUCCCUCUUUAGAAAGUGCUUGAAUGGUGGGGGUGCCCACUGCUGGAGGCCUAGCUUGUUGCUGUGCACAGGAGGUCUGUAGAGCAGACUCUCUUCGGGUUCUAGGCUUAUAACCAAUCUGCUGCCCCCAUGUGGCCACUUUCUAUCAUGCACAUAAUUCUGACAUGGUAUCAAUGCAUUAUUUUUAUGUAGCCUUCUAUGUUCUACUGAUGGCACACUAGUUGGAAGGGAGCCCCCAAGCUUAUACCCAUUAGCCCAUCACAUGGUUAAAUGUAGCUUGUCCAUCAAUAUGGUCAGUACUGCUGGACAAAGAGGGAAGGCAUGUUUUACAAGGUUAAGGCACUUUAAAAGUUUUAACAAAUGACCCAGUGCUGCAUAUCUUUCCCUCUUAUCCGGUUUUUAAGUAAGAUGUAAUGUUUCACAAGAUCACUUUAAAACAUGUAGGAGAUGCUAGGAUUACUAGGCUUAUUCACACUUGGCAAAAUUAUUCUGUUAUAAACUGCAUGUUAUGUGGGAUUUUGUUGGAGAUGCAACUCUAGGAAUUAGGUGAGUGAAGUUAGUGAUUUGGUUCAUCACGAACUUCUCGGCUCGGCAGUUGCUGACUUUAGCCUGCAUAAAUGAGUUCAGCUUUCAGGUGCUCUGGUGGGCUGGAGACUCUCUCCUAGGACUGUAUCCACCUUUUCCAGCCCACCGGAGCACGUAAAUGCUGAACUGAUUUAUGCAGGUUAAAGUCAGCAAACACCGAGCCGAGAAGUUGGUAACGUAUCAAAUCACUAACUUCCCUCAUCUCUACUAGGAAUGUCUUACAGCUGCUUUCAUGGACAAAGAUGAUCUUGUCGGGUGUCAUUCACAUAGCGGUGUUCUGGUCAAUAUUGGCAAAUCCGACCCAGCGGUGGGUCUGCAACACAGAAGUGAUGCAGGUGUAAACUACUACAGUAGAUGCAGAGUGUGAAUAAGCCCUUCCCUGUUCAGCCAUUUCAUGAAUGUUCUCUUUAAUGGUGGUCAGCCAGAGCCCAGUUUGUUGGGUCCCUGUAUACUGUUGCACAAAUGUGUUUUGCCAACUGCUGUAAUGCCUCUGACGUGUAGGGUGGCAGGCUUUCACCCUCGUCCCCAUAUGUCCUUACUACAGACACACUUGGUGCCUUUCUCAUGCUGCAAGGUUUCUGACCCGGGGGCCGACCUGUAUUUGCACAAUCCCUCUAUGUAUGGUCAACAAGAACGUGUCACAUUCUACUGCCAAGCUGUGUAAACUUUCUGCAUUGUCAUCUGACUGCAGUAACUGUUAAUACUGUGAAUUUGUUUGUUACUGGGUACUGUACAGUUGUAACUUUUGUAAUAAAAGAGAAAUUGCUUUUA